CUUCCGGGGAGGGGCCACGCCCGCACUGCCCGGGCCCCGCUGCGCGCGCCACCGAUACAGGCCAGGGGCCGGGAGGCGCGCGCGCCCGCACGCGGGGCGAUGGAGUCCGGAUCCGCCCUGGCCGCCUGCGGGCGGCCCGGGUUCCUGUCCUACUACUGGGCGGGCGAGAGGAAGGUCCACAUGAUGAGCUGGGGGGACCACAACGCCUGGGCGCUCACGCCGACGGAGCUCCCGCCAGACGUCGACAUCUCGCCAGGGACGAAGCUCCACGCCAUGUGCAGGACGGCCCACGAGUACAACGGCGUCGUCUGGGCCGCCGAAAACGGCGUGCACCACCUCUACACGGACCACACCGAGUGGGGCUACUGGAAGUACGAGGUCUUCGAGACGGUGGGGAUGACCAAGUACACGCCCCUUGCCGCGGUCGGAAGACCAGGCUACUUGUCGGUCUGGUGGGCCGCAGACGGCAGGAUCCUCCGCAAGCACAUGGGCGAGCACAACGGCUGGGUCCCGCAGGACGAGAUCAUGGAGCCCCCCGUGCCGAUCUUGGCCGGGACGCCGGUGUACGCCUUCGCCCGGUCGGGGGAGCAUGACGGCGUGUCCCGGACCUCCCUAGACUUUUGA